AUUAAUUUUUGUUUGUGUGAAGAGAAGGAGUAAGUCUUUUGUUUUUAAUAAGGUAAGGAGUUAGGGUUGAUAUUUAGGGUAGUGAAAAUGGGGCAGGAGAGCAAAGAGGCGUGCAAGAAAGAGGCAUGUGCCAUUCAAGCUUGCCUCUCCAAGAACAACUUUCUCCCCCAAAAGUGCAUUCGAGUCAUUGAAUUGCUCGACUCAUGCUGCACAAGAUGCAAUUAUAAUUCAACUCACUGCGCUUCCCUCUCCGGAUUAUUGAACCAAAUUUCCAAGUAA